CUGGACGACGCGCACCGCCGACAAUCGCGAGAUUCAACUGUUUUUCGAGUUAGUAGCGCGUUGAUUCGCGAUUGGCUAUGGCAUGACACUUUCGCGAUUGUCAGUUGUUUUCGGGGUGCUUCUUUCGACGGAGAAAACAAAAGUGUUUGCAAGACAUCACGCGAGACGUUUGUUUUUCGUUGAGUUUCAUUCGCAAGAAGCAACAGGCGAUACAACGCCGUUGGACGCGAUCGAUUGAUUUUCAACUGUUUUACGCUGUUCCAUUCGCAGGAAGCAGCGUUCGUUUUCAACUGUUUUCGAGUGGUUUUAAUCGCAAACAGCAAGAAGUGGCAGCGUUCGUUUUCAAUUGUUUUUGAGGUGUUUACAUCAUGUGAAGCAACAAGUGAUACGAAGACACGUGAUACAAAAGCAUCCCAAAUCAUGAUGCGAUUUGCAACAGUUUUUAGCGUGUUUUCUCGCUAGGUGCAGCAAGUUCCUGCCUUGCUGCGAUAAGUAUUUCCGUUGACAAAACAGUUGGCAUCAAUGACCUUUCCUCAAUAAAAUCUCUGUUCGGAAGAACCUUGAUGCGAAAAUGUAACCAAAACCCAUCGUGAAGCACCAUGAGCAGCAAAAAGCCUAAAGAACAACGCACCAGACACACCAGUCUCGAGAUGCCUGACGUGGAAGCGGUCACCAAGAAGAAGCACAGCGACAUGCUUCAACGCGCUAGGCACAAACUGCUCAACUUGAGCGACGCUUUGAAACAUCGAAAUCUUGAAGUCUCCGAAGCUCACAAGAAAGGAAUGGCAAAAUCCAUGACUCAAGUGACGUUAGACUAUUUCUUCAAGCACGGCGGACAGAGCAAGAAUCAUAUCUACGCUAAUACUUCGAGAGUGGACGAGCCGAAGAAGAAGCAAGGUCUCCACAAACAGCAUUCCGUGGGUUCGUACCCGAUCAAAAUCGAAAUCACCGACGAGGACGACCUCCCGGUGGACGCCGUCUCCGAAGGGGCGCACGCCCCCGCGUGCGAGGACAUCCCCAGAUGUGCAGAAGCCUUGGCUUUGGAGAAACCCAGGAAGAAACUGUCGUUUCGGGUACCUGAGAUCAUCGGAAAGGGAAGGUGUCACCAAAAAGUGAACGGCGGGUGUGAACUUAGUGAAUUGAGGUUGAGAGACGCUAGUGAUCCGUGCGCGUUGAGGAGGGCCAGUAGCUUUGAGGAUUAUGAUUUGGAGAGCCAGGCGAUGCGCGUGGUGCGUACGAUAGGCCAGGCGUUCGAAGUGUGCCAUAACUUGUCGAUCACGGCCCCAGAAAAUAACGUGGACCACGAAGACGAUCAGGACACGUUCACGCAGGACCUGCUCAGCGAUCGACUCAGUGAUAUUACUAGUGAUAAGCCUAAAAAAGAUUUCUCAGAGUCUGCAAGUGAUAAGGGUUCGCUGCCCACGGACGACUGCAGCCUGAAGGAUCUAGAAAAUAAUAGAAAUUCCAGAAUACCUCCUCAACUGGAUCUCAUUCCUCCACCGCCAACGACAAACAACAGAAAAUCUCCGCUGACUUCCGGCGAGACGUACUCGUCCCCCCACUCGGACACGCUGCUGUCAGCUGCGAACGGCGCCGGUGGGGGUAACAGCGAUGGGGGUAGUUGCAACGCGUUGCCUCCACCUGGCUCGGCGCUGUCCGCACAUCACGAGCUACAACUGAUGCGCGAACAGCUCGAGCAACAAACGCAGCAGACUCAGGCGGCCAUGGCGCAGCUGCAGCUCGCCCGGGAACAGCUGCAAGCUGAACAGGCGGCAAGACUGGAGGCCCAAGCACGCACCCACCAACUGCUCGUGCACAAUCGCGAGCUGUUGGACCACAUCGCCGCAUUGGUGGCACAUCUUCAAGGAGGAGAUAAACAGGGACAACAGCAGACGCCCCCGCAUAUGACCAUGCCGCAGAACCAACACCAGAUGGCAAUGUCCGACGGUUACGACACCUCCGAGCCUUCCUCUUCGGUAGACAGCAGUCCGGUACUGCCUCCCUUCAGUUACAUACCUCAUAGCCUCAUCGAGAACAGGGCUGCUGUUGCGUCUUGCCUUCAACCUUCCUCACCUUUAAGAACCACCUUCAACCCUGCAGCGUUCCCUUUCGGGUACGCCCCUGGGGAAGGUGCUUCAUUCGAGGCGCAACUCUUGCAGAGGUUACAAACGCUAGGUAGUUACCCUGCGUAUCAUCAAGCGUACUACCCGCCUUAUGUGCCUCCGAUGUACGGGUCGCAAACUUUGUUGAACAAUAGUUACACUUUGCAGCCUCCGCCACAAAAAAAGAUGGCGCCGCAGUCGCCGAUGAUGCCUAGGAAUUCGUAUGCAGGUAGUACUUCGGUGCAAGGAACCAGGUUGAGUCCCGCGAGGAAUAGCGAACCUAGGCAAUUGCCCACGCAGUACCAGAAUUUGAAUCUGAGAGUCAAUGAUCACCAGACCUAUCAGACGCAAAGUAGUACCUGCCAGUCUCAUAAUAGCGCUUGCCAAAAUCAACAGUACCCAGCUCAGAACGUAAAUUGUACGAGGUCGAAUGACCAACAAUUUCAAAGGCAGCAGUACCAGCAAAACACCAAUCAAAACCAACUUCGGGUACAACCUAACAACAGGCAGCAAAGAGAAACCACUCCGGUACCCCAAACCCCAAAUGAAAAGAAGCAAACUCAGUUUAUUAAACCUCAAGCUCAGAUGGGUACUUUAACUACUACAGAUUCUGACGGAAGAAUGAGGGUGAUAGUACCGGUACCCUCCAACUCAAAUGAUAAUAAUGAAAUGAUGAGUAACUUGAGGCUAGACGAUACUGGGCACUCUCAUAGUUCUCCAGUUACUAGGUCGAAGAGCGAGAAAGUACCAAACAGGAGUCAACUGAUGGCUGAAGUGCAUAGAACUAUUUGGGCACGACACACUACAAAGUAGUACCCAUCACAGUUAUCCCCAGGUAAGAAGAUGCAAUACUAGAUAGUUCUUCUAUUGGGGAUCUUAAGACAAAGACACUUUGGCCUCUACAGACGUUUGAGCUACUCGUCGUACCAUCAAGGGCACUAUCAGCCUGUUGGGCCUCCAAUCUACGGUUUUCAGCCUUUAAUAAACCCUCAAUAGCCACCACCUCAUCAGAAGAUGGCAUUUUAGUCGCCGAUUAUCUCCAGGAGCUCGUAUGCAGGCAGUACUCAAGUACAAGGAAGUAGGUUGAGUCCUGUAAGAAAUAGCGAGACUACUCUGUUCAGAAUUUGAAUUUAAGGGUCAACGAUAUUCAAAUACAAAAUCGUUUCUGUCAAUAACAAUCUCAAAGUAGUACUUUGCCAAAAUCAACAAUAUCAAGCUCAGGACGCAAACAGUACGAGGUCGAAUUACUUACCGACAGUCGCAUCUGCGGGUACAAAGAGAACCCUCUCCGGUACCCCAACCUCCAAAAUGAAAAGAAGCAAAAGCAAACGCAUUUCAUCAAACCUCAAGCUCAGAUGGGUACUUUAUCUACUCUACAGAUUGUGAUGGAAGAAUGAAGGUGAUAGUACCGGCACCGUCAGACUUGAAUGAUAAAACUGAAAUGAUGAGUAACUUGAGGUUAGAUGAUAUGGGAUAUUCUGAUGAUUCUCCUCAUUAGGUCGAAGAGCGAGAAAGUACCAGACAGGAGACAGCUGAGAUACUAUAAAGUUGUAACCAAUGAGUGAGCAUAGUUAAAAAUAUGCAUUACUAAACAGUUUUUUUAUUGGAGAUGUUAGGACAAAGACAUUUUCUCAUUCUCAUAAUAACGCUUGCCAAAAUCAACAGUACCAAGCUCAGAACGUAAACAGUACGAGGUCGAAUGACCAACAAGCUCAAAGACAGCAGCACUCAUAUGCAGGUGGUACUUCGGUGCAAGGAACUAGGUUGAAUCCCGCAAGAAAUAGCGAACCUAGACAAUUGCCUACGCAGUACCAGAACUUGAAUCUGGUCUGACCACCAGACUCAAAAUUGUUCCUAUCAGUCUCAACAGUCGUCAAGUAGUACCUGCCAUUCUCAUAAUAACGCUUGCCGAAAUCAACAGUAGUCAGAACGCAAAUAGUUCGAGGUCGAUGACCAACAAGCUCAAAGGCAGCAGUACCUGUAUGCAGGUGGUACUUCGGGUAUAAGGACCUAGGUUGAGUUCCUAUCAGUCUCGACAGGAGUACCUGUCAGUAUCCGCAGUCACUUAAUAACUCAUGCCAAAAUCAACAGUAUCAACCUCAAAACGCAAAUAGUGAGAAGUCGAUGAUCAACAAGCUCAAAGACAGCAGUACUCGUAUGCAGGUGGUACUUCGGUGCAAGGAACUAGGUUGAAUCCCGCAAGAAAUAGUGAGCCUAGACAAUUGCCUACGCAGUACCAGAAUUUGAAUCUGGGAUGACCACCAGACUCAAAAUUGUUCCUAUCAGUCUCAGCAGUCGUCAAGUAGUACCUGCCAUUCUCAUAAUAACGCUUGCCAAAAUCAACAGUACCAAGCUCAGAACGCAAAUAGUUCGAGGUCGAUGACCAACAAGCUCUAAGACAGCAGUACUUGUAUGCAGGUAGUACUUCGGUGCAAGGAACUAGGUUGAAUCCCGCAAGGAAUAGCGAGCCUAGACAAUUGUCUAAGCAGUACCAGAAUUUGAAUCUGGGAUGACCACCAGACUCAAAAUUGUUCCUAUCAGUCUCAAAAGUCGUCAAGUAGUACCUGCCAUUCUCAUAAUAACGCUUGCCAAAAUCAACAGUACCAAGCUCAGAACGCAAAUAGUUCAAGGUCGAUGACCAACAAGCUCAAAGACAGCAGUACUUGUAUGCAGGUGGUACUUCGUUGCAAGGAACUAGGUUGAGUUCCUAUCAGUCUCGACAGGAGCAACUGUCAGUAUCCGCAGUCACUUAAUAACUCAUGCCAAAAUCAACAGUACCAAGCUCAGAACGUAAACACUACGAGGUCGAAUGACCAACAAGCUCAAAGACAGCAGCACUCAUAUGCAGGUGGUACUUCGGUGCAAGGAACUAGGUUGAAUCCUGCAAGGAAUAGCGAGCCUAGACAAUUGCCUACGCAGUACCAGAACUUGAAUCUGGUCUGACCACGAGACUCAAAAUUGUUCCUGUCAGUCUCAACAGUCGUCAAGUAGUACCUGCCAUUCUCAUAAUAAUGCUUGCCAAAAUCAACAGUAUCAAGCUCAAAAUGCAAAUAGUUCGAAGUCGAUGAUCAACAAGCUCAAAGACAGCAGGACUCGUAUGCAGGUAGUACUUCGGUGCAAGGAACUAGGUUGAAUCCAGCAAGGAAUAGCGAGCCUAGACAAUUGCCUACGCAGUACCAGAAUUUGAAUCUGGGAUGACCACCAGACUCAAAAUUGUUCCUAUCAGUCUCAGCAGUCGUCAAGUAGUACCUGCCAUUGUCAUAAUAACGCUUGCCAAAAUCAACAGUACCAAGCUCAGAACGCAAAUAGUUCGAGGUCGAUGAUCAACAAGCUCAAAGACAGCAGUACUUGUAUGCAGGUGGUACUUCGGUGCAAGGAACUAGGUUGAAUCCCGCAAGAAAUAGCGAGCCUAGACAAUUGCCUACGCAGUACCAGAAUUUGAAUCUGGGAUGACCACCAGAUUCAAAAUUGUUCCUAUCAGUCUCAGCAGUCGUCAAGUAGUUCCUGCCAUUCUCAUAAUAACGCUUGCCAAAAUCAACAGUACCAAGCUCAGAACGCAAAUAGUUCGAGGUCGAUGACCAACAAGCUCAAAGGCAGCAGUACUGGUACUCAGGUGGUACUUCGGUGUAAGGACCUAGGUUGAGUUCCUAUCAGUCUCGACAGGAGUACCUGUCAGUAUCCGCAGUCACUUAAUACCUCAUGCCAAGUACCAAGCUCAGAACGCAAAUAGUACGAGGUCGACCAACAGGCACAAAGAGAACAGUACCACUAAAGCUCUAAUCAAAAACAAGUCACAACUGUGAGUACAACCUAGGCAACACUGAGAAACCACUCCAGUACCCCAAACUCCAAAUAAAUAGAAGCAAACUCAGUUUACCAAACCUCAAGACCCGACGACAGACUACAAAGUAGUACCCUGUGACUCAGCAUAGCGAUUUCCAGUUAAGAAGAUGCAUUUCUAAACAGUUCUUCUGUUCGAGAUCUUAAGACAAAUAUAAUAUGGCCUCUGCAGACUUUUUAGCUACCCAAAGUACCAUCACGGGUACUAUCAACCUACUGUGUAUCCAAUCUACGGGUUUCAGCCUCUAUUAAACGCCCAACAUCCACCACCUGAAAAUAAGAGUACCUCUAGGAACUCGUAUGCAGGCAGUACCGCAGUAUAAGGAAGUAGGUUGAGUCCUCCGAGUAAAAGAAUUUGAAUCGAAGGGUCAACGAUGUUCAAACACAAAAUUAUUCCUAUCAACAGUCUCAAAAUAGUACAUGCGAACAUCUCUUAAUCAACAGUACCAAGAUCAGAAUGCAAGUAACAACAGAUCCAAGGAACAGCAGACAGAACAAAAAAAUUAUUUGAAUUCAAAUAAUGCUUUUUAGAUCUUUGUACUGAAGAACCUUAAAGAUAAUAUUAAAUAAAUCAAGAAUGUGGCAUCACGACAGUCCAAGGUUACAUGGAUCUCGUUCUUUUCGGUGGUUGAUCAAAUUUUGCUCCUCUUGCCUAAAAAUGACUUGAAAAUCAUAAAAAAAACGUCUCAAAAGUACUUAAUUGAUCGUGCCCAAUUAUUGACAAAUAAAUUGAAAAAAAAUAUUUGUUAGGUAUAGCAAAGACGUAAAUCAAAUUUGGAUCCCAGCGUAACUGCAGCUAAAAGACGUCAUAUGAAUAAAUCAUAGUUGUUAAUACUAGAGAAAAGAUAAAGAUAACAUUACAAAUUGAGACCACAGAAACGUGAGAAACGCCAACGUUCUCUGUGGCCAAAAUAACAUAUGGACGAACAAUUUUAUACUUUCAUUUAUGUAGUCUUUUGUGUCUUUAAAAUUAUCACUAACGUCGUGCCAAAUUUAUGCAUAUAUUGUUGUAAAUAUAGGUAUAAUAUUUAGUUGCGUGACGUGAAUAGAUGAUGAAAAAUAUUUCUUUGUGAAAGUAGAUAAUAAACCAUACUGUCAUUUUUCACAUUCAUUGUAUAUAGCUUUGUAUGAUUUAUUUUCUUUAUUAAGUAUGUUUGACUUAGUGAUGAUAAUGACAUCUCUCAAUUUCCAGCAUAACUUAAUUUCAGACUGUCUGGUAUAUCAUUGCUGAAUCAUCUAGGAUUAAGAUAAAUCAUAUAAACUUCAUGACGUAGUCAGUAUUUGUUAUACAAUACGAUAUUUGUUGUUAC